GCGGGGCUGACUGCGCGCAGCGGGAGUGCUGGGUGCUGAGUGACCCCGAGGACUCGACUGACCCGCCCGAGCCGGCUCAGGAUGAGGACGCGCUGGUCCACCCCUCUCCGUGCGGCGGAGCUGCUCGUGCUGCUCCUCCCGUGCUUCGGUCUGGUGGAGCCCUCUGGCCGCUCAGGUGGUGAUUCAUUCACCAUCGUUAAUGAAAACACAGGCAAGUGCAUCACGCCACUGAAUGACUGGAUAGUAGCAAAGGACUGUGAUGAAACCAAGGACAUGUUGUGGAAGUGGGUGUCCCAGCAUCGACUCUUUCAUUUGCAAUCCCAGAAGUGCCUUGGCCUAGACAUUACCAAACCUGUGGAUUCCUUGAGAAUGUUCAGCUGUGACUCCAAUGCCAUGCUGUGGUGGAAAUGUGAGCACCGCUCUCUGUACGGAGCUGCCCGGUACAGGUUGACUCUGAAGGGUGGACACGCCAUAGCAAGUACCAAUUCAUCUGAUGUCUGGAAAAAAGGAGGCUCAGAGGAAAACCUCUGUGCCCAGCCUUACCAUGAGAUCUAUACUAGAGAUGGGAACUCCUAUGGGAGACCUUGUGAAUUUCCAUUCUUAGUUAAUGGGACCUGGCACCAUGAGUGCAUUCAUGAUGGAGAUCACAGUGGGCCAUGGUGUGCAACCACCUUAAAUUAUGAAUAUGAUCAAAAGUGGGGCAUCUGCUUACAACCAGAAAAUGGCUGUGAAGAUUAUUGGGAAAAGAAAGAGGAGAUGGGAAGUUGCUACCAGUUUAACACUCAGGCAACUCUUUCUUGGAAAAAAGCUUAUGUUUCAUGUCAGAAUCAAGGAGCUGACUUACUGAGCAUCAACAGUGCUGCUGAGUUAACUUAUCUUACAGAAAAAGAAGGCAUUCCAAGAAUUUUCUGGAUUGGUUUAAAUCAGCUGUACUCUGCUAGAGGCUGGGAAUGGUCAGACCACAAGCCAUUAAACUUUCUCAACUGGGACCCAGAUGUGCCGAGUGCACCUGUAAUUGGCAGAUCAAGCUGUGCGAGAAUGGAUGCCGACUCGGGUCUGUGGCAGAGUUUUUCCUGUGAGGCUCAACUGCCCUACGUCUGCAAGAAACUGUUAAAUAACACAGUGGAGUUGACAGAUGUUUGGACAUACUCAGAUACCCGCUGUGAUGCAGCAGACUGGCUGCCAAAUAAUGGAUUUUGCUAUCUGCUGGUAAAUGAAAGUGAUUCCUGGGAUAAGGCUCAUAUGAAAUGCAAAACCUUCAGCAGUGACCUCAUCAGCAUUCAUUCUUUAGCAGAUGUGGAGCUGAUUGUCACAAAACUCCAUAAUGGGGAUGCCAAAGAAGAAAUAUGGACAGGCCUUAGGAACAUAAAUACACCAACUCUAUUUCAGUGGUCAGAUGGUACUGAAGUUACUCUGACUUAUUGGGAUGAGAAUGAGCCACAUGUUCCCUACAAUAAGACUCCCAACUGUGUUUCCUAUUUAGGAAAGCUAGGUCAGUGGAAGGUCCAAUCAUGUGAAGAGAAACUUAAAUAUGUAUGUAAGAAAAAGGGAGAAAAAUUGAAUGAUACAAGAUCUGAUAAAAUGUGUCCUCCAGUUGAGGGCUGGAAGAGACAUGGAGAAGCCUGUUACAAGAUUUACAAGGAUGAGGUCCCCUUUGGAACCAACUGCAAUCUGACUGUAACUAGCAGAUUUGAGCAAGAAUACCUGAAUGAUAUGAUUAAAAAGUAUACUAAGUCUCCAGAAAAAUACUUCUGGACUGGCCUGAGAGAUACAGAUGCAAGUGGAGAGUAUAGUUGGGGAAGUGCUGGUGGAAUAAAGCGGGCUGUAACCUUUUCCAACUGGAAUUUUCUUGAGCCAGCUUCUCCAGGAGGGUGUGUGGCUAUGGCUACGGGAAAGUCUCUUGGAAAGUGGGAGGUAAAAGACUGCAGAAGCUUCAGAGCACUUUCAAUUUGCAAGAAAAUAAGUGAGCGCCCUGAGCCUGAAAAAGCAGCCCCCAAGCCUGAAGACCCCUGUCCUGAAGGCUGGCAUAGUUCCCCCUCAGGUCUUUCUUGUUAUAAGCUAUUUCAUAUAGAAAGAAUUGUAAGAAAGAGGAACUGGGAAGAAGCUGAGAGAUUCUGCCAAGCACUUGGAGGGCACCUUCCUAGCUUCAGUCAUAUGGAUGAAAUAAAGAAAUUUCUUCACUUUCUAACAGACCAGUUCAGUGACCAGCGUUGGCUUUGGAUAGGUUUGAAUAAAAGGAGCCCUGACUUACAAGGAUCCUGGCAAUGGAGUGAUCAUACACCAGUGUCUACUAUUAUCACGGCAAAUGAGUUUCAGCAGGAUUAUGAUAUCAGAGACUGUGCUGCUGUCAAGGUCAUUAAUAGGCCAUGGCGAAGAAGGUGGUAUUUCUAUGAUGACAGAGAAUUUAUGUAUUUAAGGCCUUUUGCUUGUGAUACAAAACUUGAAUGGAUGUGCCAGAUUCCAAAAGGUCGUACUCCAAAAAUGCCAGACUGGUACAAUCCAGAGCGUGCUGGAAUUCAUGGACCUCCAGUUGUAAUAGAAGGGAGUGAAUAUUGGUUUGUUGCUGAUCCCCGUUUAAACUAUGAAGAAGCCGUCCUGUAUUGUGCUAGCAAUCACAGCUCUCUGGCUAGUUUAACAUCUUUUGCAGGACUAAGAGCCAUCAAAAACAAAAUAGCAAAUAUAUCUGGCAAUGAGGAGAAAUGGUGGGUGAGAACUACUGACCAGCUAUUAGAACGUCGUUUUUUGAGCUCACGACAUCCAUUUCAUCACUUUCCUAUAACAUUUGGAGAGGAAUGCUUUUACCUCUCUGCCAAGACUUGGUUUAGCGACAUAAAUAAACCAGCAGACUGUAGUACCAAGUUGCCCUUCGUCUGUGAAAAAUACAAUGUAUCUUCAUUAGAGAAAUAUAGUCCAGAUUCUGCCGCUAAAAUACAGUGCUCUGGGGAUUGGAUUACUUUUCAGAAUAAGUGCUUUUUAAGGAUCAAACCUAAGUCUGUUACAUUUUCUGAAGCCAGCGAUACUUGUCACACCUAUGGUGGAACGCUUCCUUCAGUGCUGAGCCAGAGAGAACAAGAUUUUAUUACAUCCUUGCUUCCGGAUAUGGAAGCUACUUUAUGGAUUGGUUUGCGCUGGACUGCCUAUGAGAAGAUAAACAAAUGGAUGGAUAACAGAGAGCUGACAUACAGUAACUUUCACCCAUUAUUGGUUGGUCGGAGGCUGAGAAUACCAACAAAUAUUUUUGAUGAAGAGGUGUCCUACCACUGUGCUCUAAUGCUCAACCUCCAAAAGUCACCUUUUACUGGGACGUGGAAUUUUACUUCCUGCAGUGAACACCAUACUCUGUCUCUCUGUCAGAAAUAUUCAGAAAUUGAAAGCAGACAGACCUUACAGAAUACUUCAGAAACUGUGAAGUAUCAAAAUAAUCUGUACAAAAUAAUGCUGAAGACUCUGACUUGGACUGAUGCUCUAAAGGAGUGCCAGAAAGAAAACAUGCAGCUGGUGAGCAUCACAGACCCUUACCAGCAGGCCUUCCUGACUGUGCAGGCGGUCCUUCAUAACACUUCUUUAUGGAUUGGACUCUCCAGUCAUGACGAUGAACUCAACUUUGGUUGGUCAGAUGGGAAACAUCUUCAAUUUAAUCGCUGGGCUGAAAAUAAUGAACAACUUGAAGACUGUGUAGUAUUAGACACUGAUGGAUUCUGGAAAACAUCUGACUGCGAUAAUAAUCAGCCAGGCGCUAUUUGCUAUUAUUCAGGAAAUGAGACUGAAAAAGAGGUCAAACCAGUUACCAGUGUUCGAUGUCCGUCUCCUGUUCUAAAUACUCCAUGGAUACCAUUUCAGAACUCUUGCUACAAUUUCAUGAUAACAAAGAAUAGAUAUAUAGUGACAACACGAGAUGAAGUUCAUUCUAAAUGCCAGACACUGAAUCCAAAAUCACAUAUUCUGAGUAUUCGAGAUGAAAAAGAGAAUAACUUUGUUCUUGAGCAGCUUCUACACUACAAUUACAUGGCUUCAUGGGUCAUGUUAGGUAUAACUUAUGAAAAUAAUUCUCUCAUGUGGUCUGAUAAGACCACGCUGUCAUAUACACACUGGAGAUCAGGAAGACCAGCUGUACAAAAUGGCAAGUUUUUUGCUGGCUUGAAUACUGAUGGCUUCUGGGAUAUUCAAACCUUUAAUGUUGUUGAAGACAUACUUUACUUUCACCAGCACAGCAUUCUGGCUUGCAAAAUUGAAAUGGUUGACUACAAGGAAGACUGUAAUACUACUCUGCCACGGUUUAUUCCACAUGAAGAUGGUAUUUAUAACGUUAUUCAAAAAAGGGUAACAUGGUAUGAGGCAUUAAACACAUGUUCUCAAAGUGGAGGUCAUUUGGCAAGUGUUCAUGACCAAAAUGGCCAGCUUUUUCUGGAAGAUAUCGUAAAGCGCGAUGGAUUUCCACUAUGGGUUGGGCUCUCAAGUCAUGAUGGAAGUGAAUCAAGUUUUGAAUGGUCUGAUGGCAGUGCCUUUGACUACAUCCCAUGGAAAGAUAAAAAAUCUGCUGGAAAUUGUGUUGUCUUGGAUCCAAAAGGAAUUUGGAAACAUGAAAAAUGCAACUCUGUUAAGGAUGGUGCUAUUUGUUAUAAACCUACAAAAUCUAAAGAGGUGUCCUCUCAUACAUACUCAUCAAGAUGUCCAGCAGUAAAAGGGAAUGAGUCACAGUGGAUUCAGUACAGGGACCACUGUUACACAUCUGAUCAGGCAUUGCACAGUUUCUCAGAAGCCAGACGGUUUUGUUCAGAGCUUGAUCAUUCUGCAACUAUCGUUACCAUAAAGGAUGAAGAUGAGAAUAAAUUUGUGAGCAGACUGAUAAGGGAAAAUAAUAACAUUACCAUGAGAGUUUGGCUUGGAUUAUCUCAACUUUCUGCCGAUCAGUCCUGGAAUUGGUUAGAUGGAUCAAAAGUGACAUUUGUCAAAUGGGCAAAUAAAUUUAAGAGUGGCAGUGGACAAUGUAGCAUUUUGUUAGCUUCAAAUGAAACUUGGAUAAAAGUUGAAUGUUCACGUGGCUAUGGAAGAGUUGUCUGCAGAGUUCCCUUGGACUGCCCUUCAUCCACCUGGGUUCAGUUCCAAGACAGUUGUUACAUUUUUCUUCAAGAAGCCAUCAAAGUAGAAAGCAUAGAGGAUGUCAGAAAUCAGUGUACUGACCAUGGAGCAGACAUGAUAAGCAUACAUAAUGAAGAAGAAAAUGCUUUUAUACUGGAUACUUUGCAAAAGCAAUGGAAAGGCCCAGAUGAUAUCCUAUUAGGCAUGUUUUUUGACACAGAUGAUGACAGCUUCAAGUGGUUUGACAAGUCAAAUAUGACAUUUGUUAAGUGGUCAGACCAAGAAGAUGGCGAGGAUCUAGUUGACACCUGUGCCUUUUUGCACACCAAGACAGGUGAUUGGAAAAAAGGAAAUUGUGAAGUUUCUUCUGUGGAAGGAACCCUUUGUAAAGCAGCUAUCCCAUAUGAAAAGAAAUAUUUAUCAGAUAACCACAUUUUGAUAUCAGCUUUGGUGAUUGCUAGCACAGUAAUUUUGACAGUUUUGGGAGCAGUCGUUUGGUUCCUGUACAAAAGAAGUUUGGAUUCUGGUUUCACCACAGUUUUUUCAGCUGCACCCCAAUCACCUUAUAAUGAUGACUGUGUUUUAGUAGUUGCAGAGGAAAACGAAUAUGAUGUUCAAUUCGACUAAGGUUCUGGAAAUCUCAGAUUAAGACAUCAAAUACCUUGACAGUGAUUCCUAUGCAAGAUUUUAAUAUAAAACCUAACAAUGAAAAUCAUGGUUUUUAUGAUGUAUUACCUAAUUCCAGUAACGUUCACUAUUCUCAUGUAAUCACUGACUGUGACAAAAAUUAAUCUUUAGGAUUAUAAGAACAAAGUUUUUUAAAAAGGAAUAAUCUUAGAUAUAAUUUAAUGGUUUUAACCACCUCCCCAAAUGCACCUUUCACUUGAAUGAAGGAAAGCUUAAAGCCCAAGUAUUAAUAGUAAAUCAGGUUAAAAAACAAAAACAAAACCCAGUCUACUUGUUUUACCUCCUCCAUCUUGCCUCCCAGAGUGAGUUGAACCACCUUGGUUUAUAGUUGAAUUAAAAAAAAAAAGAAAACUUCUACUUAUCACUAAUUUUAGCAAUCACUAGGCCUUUAGUAAUUUCUAUGGUCUUGCUCCUUUAUCAAUAAGAUAUGGAGAAUAAACCUGACCUUAAAAUAGAUUCUCUAUAUUUAGAUAUCACUUAUGCUGGUUACUCUGAUAAUUCCUCUAAUAUUUCCAUCUUCAUGAUUUACAUGUAGAAAAUUUUACAGAUUUUUAACACCCCAUAUGCCAUGUAAUUAUACAGUUUCAGUACUUUUAGAACACUGUUUUGGACCACAAACAAACAGUAUUUAGCACUGAUCAUAAAUGGUCAGAAUUUCAGUAAGAUUUAAUAAAUUUUGUGAAACAAAAAAAUAUUACAGCCAUACCAGGAAGGUGUAGAGGAGGCUGGCAUUGCGGGUAACUCUUGGGUCAUAGUGUCCUUCAAGGAUUUUUCUCCUACCGCCAUAUCUGUUCCUAUAUAUCUCAUGUUCCCCAAGCCUUGAUGAAGUUUAUCAUUCAAUGACAUGAAACCUGUGUAAGCAAUAACUGCAGAGAAAAACUAAAUACUACUGUAGUGAUCAUGUUCAAAGUUUUCAGUAUGUGUAUUGUACAUUUUAAGACAAUGGUGAAAUAAUUAUUUGGGGGGUAAAAAAUGAAAAUGGAAGAAAGCUGAAACUAUGAUUUCUUUAGCAACUUAAAAACACAGUAUUAGAAAAGAUAAUGUAUGUACUUCACAUAAAAUUGUAUUUACUUUACGUAGAAACUUGGAAGUGCGAGGAAAGUAAUCUCUCUCCCUAAUGCAUAUCCCAUCUAUCAUCUUAUGGGAAUACUUUUCAUAUGGAUAGAGACACUAUCUCUCAAGGUUGACCAGUGGCAACGAAGUCCUAGCUUGCGCCAUCUGUUUCCACUGGCCACCAUGAAUCAGAAACAUCCCUCGUCACAAUUAAUGGCAGUUUUCUUAAUGAGACAUGAAUAACUGCAAAGUGAAUAAUGUGACUGUGUGGUACUAAAAAACAAAUUUUAUACUAGGUGUUAUUACAAAACAAUUUUAUACUAGGUGUUAUUACAAAACAAUUAUGCUCUGUAAAAGCUUUGAGAUUUUGUGUAUUGAUUGAGAUGUCUAUUUUAUUACUGAUAGAGUAUUAAUAGUGCUGCUAAUCGUGAACAUUAGACUGGAAUUCCUUACUGCUUUUGCUACUCAAAUUCUACCACUCCUUUAAGAACUGAGGCCAGCCAUCUGUUCCUUAAAGCUUUGUAACUAUCAGUCACAGAUCUUUACAGUAUCUAAUACAGUAGCCACUAGCCACAUGUGGCUAUUUAAAUAGAGUUCAUUUCCUCAAUUGCACUAGCCAUAUUUCAAAUGCUCAGAUCACAUGCAGUUAGGAGCUACCACGAUGGGCAAUGCAAAUUGUAGAACGUUUCCAUUAUCAUAGAAAGUUUCAGUGGACAAUGCUGCUCUAGAGUCUCCCCUUCCACUUCUACAUAACUAAUUUUCUUCAGUUCAUUUCAAUAACUUCUACCUAAUAAUGACAGCUCUACCAAAAUGGCUGUUUUAACUGAUUUAAUUUUCCAUGUUUGAUUUUAUUUUCAAACAAGUCCUUAAAGACCCCGGUAAUGCAGUGCUAAAUCUUAAUUCUCUUUAUAUAUCUGAACAUCUGUAGUAGGCCCUUGUAUCUAUUUGGUGGUCAACAGAUAACUGAAUCAUUCAAGUCUUUGUUUAUUUUUAAUAUUAACAGUAACAUUAGCAUGCCUGUUUAUAUUCAGAAUGUAUAAACUGCUUUCUUCAAACAUCUUGGUUCUACCCAAUAAUGACAAUGUAAUUCUUAUGUUUGGUGGCAACUAUUACUACUAUCAUUACUUUUAGCUGCCAUUUACUUUUAACUACAUUUUCUUAGGAAUUUGCAAUCUUAAAUUCUUAGGAACUUGAGUAGUAUAUGGUCUCUAUUUUGUUCAGAAUUUAAAGGUGAUACCAAUGAAAGAUUUUUCUUAUUCCCUCUAAUUCACAUUUACAGGACAUAUGAAGCUAAUACAAUAUCGAAAUACUAAGUGGUACAAAGGAACUACAAGAAUACUAUAAAGCCCAAGCCACUGUCUGUAUCUGUCAUUUAGCAGUUAAUAUAGCAAAACCAUAAAUAAAUUGUAUGCACACCAA